CACACCCCCAUGUACUUUUUCCUCAGCCACUUGUCCUUUGUUGAUUUCUGUUAUUCCACUAUAGUGACACCCAAACUACUAGAAAACUUGGUUGUGGAAGACAGAACCAUUUCCUUCACAGGAUGUCUCAUGCAGUUCUUCUUGGCUUGCAUAUUUGCGGUUGCAGAAACAUUCAUGUUGGCAGUGAUGGCCUAUGACCGUUUUGUGGCAGUUUGUAACCCCUUGCUUUACACAGUCAUCAUGUCCCAAAAGCGCCGUGCGUCAUUAGUAGCUGGGCCUUAUGCAUGGGGUGUAAUUGUUUCCCUGACACUCACUUACUUCCUCCUGGCAUUAUCCUUUUGUGGCUCUCAAAUCAUAAAUAACUUUGUCUGUGAGCACUCUGUCAUUGUCUCUGUCUCCUGUUCUGACCCCUCCAUCAACCAGGUGCUCUGCUUCCUCACUGCCAUGUUCAAUGAGGCGAGCAGCCUGGUCAUCAUCCUCACUACUUAUGUUUUCAUUUUCGUUGCUGUCAUAAAAAUGCCUUCCGAUGGGGGGCGCCGAAAAGCCUUCUCCACCUGUGCCUCCCACCUGACUGCCAUCACCAUUUUCCAUGGGACUGUUCUGUUCCUCUAUUGUGUACCCAACUCCAACAACUCAUGGCUCAUCGUCAAAGUAGGAUCUGUGUUUUACACAGUGGUCAUCCCUAUGCUGAACCCGCUGAUCUACAGCCUCAGGAACAGAGAUGUGAAGGACACAGUCAGAAAGUUAAUGAGUCACCCAACAUCAUCUGGAAGAUUUAGUUAUUCUAAGAAAUAA